AUGGAGAAAAUGGAGGCCUCCACAUCUUCGACACUACCAAAGUUGCCACUCAGGAGAUGCCUCGAAGACAUCAGCAAUUCUAGCGAGCCCAAUCUGCCUUCUGCUGCAGUCGUGGAUGUUACCCUCGGCACAAAAGGGAAGAAGCUGAGAGUUUAUCAUGCUCCGCGACGAAGGAGGCCAUACACGUCGUGGACGGAGGAAGAAGACACAGCAUUGCGAGCAGCAGUUGAGCAGUUCAAAGGAAGAAAUUGGAAAAAAAUUGCUGCGAAUGUACCGAAUCGGUCAGAUAAUCAGUGCCUUAACCGCUGGCAGAAGGUCCUUGAUCCUGCCCUCGUCAAGGGAUCCUGGACGAAAGAGGAGGACGAUAAGUUGCUCGAAAUGGUCAACGAGUUCGGCACCAAGACAUGGGCUGCCAUCGCUAGGUCAUUGCCGAGCAGAAACGGCAAGCAGUGUCGAGAGAGAUGGUGCAAUAAUCUUGAUCCCCAGAUCAAGAAGGAGCCGUGGAAUGAAGAAGAAGACAUGAAGUUGUUUUUGGCUCACAAGAGGUUCGGCAACAGCUGGUCAAAGAUCGCAAAGCUAAUUCCUGGCAGGUCGGAAAAUGGUAUCAAGAACAGGUGGAACAUAACAAUCCAAAAACGUGCGGAUGCACUCGAACAAUCCACUGAGAACUGGAUAAAUAGGAACACAUUUGAGGAUAUGUUAUCCAUUAUUGACGAUGUGGCUCCAACAGAGCUUGAUGUUUCUGAAGAUCAUCUGGCAUUGAAUGGCGAGGCCAAUAUCGAUCUUCAAGACUCGAAUGCUGCGAAAGACCUUAUAGCAUGGAACUUAGAGUUUGAUAUGGAUGUUGAUGUAGAUAACUUCUUAGACCUCCCAGACUUGAACCUCUCUCCUUGA